GAAUGGCAAGGCCCAGUAUACCAAUUGGUAGUUUUUACUUUAAAGCCUUCGACGGCGCACGCGACGCGAACGUAAAUCCUAUUUGUACGUUAUUUUGAAUUACGUUUUCGUUCGAAAAACGAUAGUUCAGUUUUUAAUCUGUGGACAUACAUAUUAAGUGAUUUACAAAGCAGGAAAAAUGCGGGCGAUGUUUUUAUUACUAACGCUGCUUAUUUCACAAUGUUAUUCGGCGCCACAAUUCAUCACAUUCAAAGAAGGCAAGCUUGGAGUGAACUUUGGUGGAUACCAUGCGGGCGUUGGACUUGGCGGCUUAUUGGGUGGAGGCGUUGGCGGUGGGCUGUUUGCUGAAGCUGGUACUCCUCACGGACAAUCAGCGAGGGCCGGUCUCGGUGGAAAUGUAGACGAGAAUGGCAGAACAGCAGGAAACCUCUUUGCUGGUGCAACAGCAGGGCGCAGCGUUGGAGCUGCAGCUGGCCUCGGUGGAAAAGUUGUAGCUGGAGAGACAGGUGGUGUAGGGUUCGGAGUAGCUGAAGGAGGCAUUCAGCAAGCUUCAGCUGGCCUGGCAGGUGAAACAAAUGUCCACGGAUCAGCGGGGAUCACAUAUUCUGGCACAAAAUCCCUUGCAGUACCCAGCACGAUAGUUAAAGAAACUGAAGUAUCAGUAGUCCCAGUUGAAAAUGUAAAACACAAGAAAAUUCAUAAAGAGUACAAUGUUGAUGCAUUUAAUGAAAUAACACCUGUAGCGGCUGCGGGAGUCGAAGCAAAUGUCGGGGCAAGUGUCAAUCUGAAUGCUAACGCACAACCAACAGCCGUCGUCAAAGAAGUGAGUAAAUGGAUACCGCAUCGUAAUAGUAACAGACGUAGUUACGCUACUAUUGAUUUACAAGAUAUAAUGAACUACGCUCUUCGAGUUCCUUCAACAGGAGUCGGUCAGACGAGGUGGAGGACGUACAAAAAUAAUAGGGCUCAUCAGGUUUACGUCGAGCCGCAACCGGUAGUAGUGGAAAAACACAUUGUUCACACACAUACUAAGCCACAUCAUGUCCAUAACGCAGCGUAUAUCGGCGGUUUUAUCGGAGCGGGGAUCGAUGCAGCCCCACAACCUGUUUCUGUUCAUAAGUCCGUUGGAACAGCCAUUCAAAAGAGGAUCGACGUCGGUGUUGAAAGCGAGGGGAGCAUAGCGGCUGCAGCUGCGGCCGAUGCCCAUGGAGGUGGCCAAGUAUUACACACUAAAGAAGUAACUGUAUCGAGGAAUCCUAACUUCUUCCAAGAUAUUUUCAAUAUCCCUAUUUCCGCGUUGAAGUCAGUAAGCACUUUUCUCACUAACACGGCCGGAAACACAGGCGUCUCGGUACAGAACUCUGCCACGAUUCAUACAGAUUCUGAUAAGAUAACACCGAAACAUGCAUCAUCUGUAUCAUCAUCAUCAUCCGAAGCACAUAUAGCAAUAGAAACUCCAAGUGCUUCGCAACUCAUUGACGGUAUAUUCUCUAUUCCCAUUAACACACUCAGUGCUGUCAACAAGUUCCUGGAAAACAAUGUUCCUGUGAGGAAAAGGAUUCAGGUUACACAGGGCGAGACUGAAGAACCUACGAGGAUCAGAUUGGGCCCGCACGCAAGAAGACGAGCGAACAAACGCGUGAUUGUACUAGAAGAAGCUAAUAACAGUGGAUCUCAAUGAUGUAUUGUACCUGACAUAAUAAAUAUAACUUAUAAAUAGUUAAUAACAUUGACAAAUAUAAUAUUUUCAACA